CUCAAAGUGGAGGUGAAAUUUGGUGUAAAAUUUUAUUUUUGUAAUUUAUCUUUAAAAUUCCAAAGAAUUUGAAUCCCAGAGGAAUAUAAAAGGAAAAAUGUAAAGUUCUAUUGGCAAAUAAAGAAAGUAGAAAAAAAGUUUGAGCUUAUGGACAUAAUAGUUUUUGGGUGCUAGUAGAAUCUUUAAAAUGAGAUUCGGCCAGUAGGUCGGCCCGCCUCGCCCUGGCCACCGGCCACCGCGCAGGAGCUCAGAAGUCGGAACCCAGCGAACUCCUUCCGCUCACUCAGUCAAUCAACCUCAACUCGUCACUGUUACCCCUCAGCCGCUUUAGAUGAAGUACUUGAAGCCUAUGAAACUGUACCAUGAAGUGUUGAAAUCAAAUGAGCUCAAAAGAAGCUGUUUGCUUGGGUUGGAUGUUGGUGAUAAGUACGUGGGUCUAUCUGUUUCCGACGCUGAUAACAAAAUCGCAUCACCUUUAAGUGUCCUGGUUCGGAAAAAGAUGAAUAUUGACUUGAUAGCUAGUGACUUCCAAAAUUUGGCAAUACAAGUGAAGCUUUUCAUUGAUGACCUAACAAAAACUGGGAAAUUUGGUGAUUUGAAGUAUACCUUUUGGGACGAGUGCUUCACAUCAAAGAGUGUCGAAUUUCUCUUGAAGCCUCUAUCAUUGCAUCCCGUGCAAUUUAAGACAAUUAUGGACAAAUUUGCUGCCGUUGGUAUCCUUCAGGGUUACCUGGAUUUUGCUAACCGGAGUCGAGAUCAAGAAGCAGAGAUUUCCCAAAACGAAAAGUUUUCAGAGCUUCUCAACGAGGAAUGGCGUAAUCCAGAAAAUUAGUUGUUCCUUUUUAAACACUUCGGCAAUUAAGUUGUAAACUAGUACUGUUACUAUCUGCACGAGAAGUAUUGAAAACAAUUCUGUCAACAAACAAAAUAAAAAUUCAUAAAUAUAAGAAUUUGACA